GAGUGCGAUGGAUCAGAGCGGCCGGUCGAGCUGAAGCCUCGGACAGUUCGCUAUGAUAAUGAAAAUGCGCUGCUUUAUUCACGUUCCAGUUCUCCUCAUGUCCUGGAUCGGAGUGGAGCAGGUGAAAGCCAACUCGUGCAUCCGGACGGCAUUGUGGACACUAAGUCUGAGUCCUCUUGUUCAGGCGGAAUGCCAGACGCGCGCGAUCUACUGCUACGAGUGCGACAGCUGGACGGACGCACGCUGCAAGGACCCGUUCAACUACACGGCGCUCCCCCGCGACCAGCCGCCGCUGCAAACCUGCAACGGCUGCUGCGUCAAGAUGGUGCGCUACUCCAAGAGCCCGUACGAGGUGGUCCGCCGCACUUGCACGUCGCAGCUCCAGAUCAACCUGUUCAUGGUGGACCACGUGUGCAUGAUGGAAAGUACGGGCACCGGUCACAUGUGUUUCUGCGAGGAGGACAUGUGCAACGCCGCCUCGCGCCUGUCCGCCGCGCUGGCUGUCACGCUCUCUCUGCUGGCAUGUGCAUGCAGGUGAAGUAGGAGACACGCAGCACCCGCUCUUUGAUUCUCUUCGUCCAGCCGUAGCUAGUAGUUCUCGAGGUGCUUAGUUUUCACAGCCGUAUUCGAGUUAGAGGAUGCGUUUGUCUAAAUUUUCUUGUAACAUUCCAUAUGAUAGAUUACUUCAUCUAGUUCAUUUGCUCGAUGUGGGCGUAUCCGGUGUGGCCAAAGUGUUUUCUUAAAGAUGAACAGACUGAUAGAGUGGACUGAAAGAGAUACUGGUUCCGAUGGAUUUGUCUUGCAAUAAUUAUUUUUUCCUGAGAGGAAACAGUUUUGCUCAUCUAAAUCAGCAAAGUUUUGGCAACGCCGAGGAACGUCUCUCGAGGAAACCAAACAAUCAUGUGAAUGAGACCAUACUUUUUAAUAAAAUACACGAAAAUAAAUAUUGUAACAAUAAAACCACAUCAUCAAUCAUGUGAAAACUAAACCCUUAAAUUAUUUUCAUCUAAC